GUGACCGGCGCGGCCGCGGCCGGCCAGAUUAGACGUGUACCGUCUCAGAGCAGCCUAUAGCUAGCCGGCCUGUGAAGAGCAAUUACGUUGACUGAGUUUGGCACUUUCGGGGAUCGCUAUGGACGAAUUACCCUCAGAGUAUGAUGAUAUUGUCAUCGGAACUGGUGUGCAAGAAAGCAUCAUAGCUGCAGCUUUAGCAAGAAAUGGUCAUAAAGUACUGCAUUUAGACAGAAAUGACUUUUACAGUGGAGAAUGGGCUUCCUUUCAUCUUAAAGGUAUUCUAGAUUGGAUAAAAAAGAAUAAGUCUGCAGACAUUGCUCCUGUUAACUCAAAUGAAAACAUUGAAGUAGAAGAGGAACUUAGGAUUGUACCUUGCCCUUCAUAUCAUAUGACUGCUACCAAUAUAGAGGAAGAAAUUCAUGUCAAGGAUCAGGAAACGGUUGAAAGUUCUUGUGGGCCUGAUUCAAGUUGUGACACAUCUGUGAAUUCCAAUUCCGUGGAUUCCGAUGCCCCUCAUUCAGCUUCAUCAUUGAUGAGUACAGUAGAGGAGUGUUCAGUACAGGAUGAAGAACCAAAGACAUCUCAUGAAGUUAAUAAAGACAGCUCUGAUGAUCGUACAUUAAAGAAUGAGUCUUGUCCUACCCAACCUCAAACUUCUAGUGAAGAUCAACUAACUACAACAGCUACUCAAAACGUCCAAAAAGAGUGGACAUGGGAAGAAAUCAUGAGGAGUUGGAGGAAAUUUAACAUUGACCUUUCUCCUAAGUUGAUGUUUUGUAGAGGUGCGAUGGUGGAGCUUCUUGUUUCAUCGAGAAUAAGUCGCUAUGCAGAGUUUAAGGCUGUCACUCGAAUCCUUACAAAUAUCAAUGGCAGAGUUGAACAGGUACCUUGCUCCCGGGCAGAUGUUUUUAGUAGUCGUUAUGUCUCUGUGCUGGAGAAGAGAAUGCUGAUGAAACUCAUAGAAUUUUGUCUUGAUUAUGAGAAUAGGCAAGAUGAGUAUAAAGAAUACGCAGACAAGCCAUUUGCAGAUUUUCUUCACUCCCGCAAGUUGAGUGCAACUCUUCAACACUUUGUUAUUCAUUCCAUCGCAAUGACUUGUGCAGACACUCCCACUCAUAAGGCACUUCAAGCUAUGAAAUAUUUUCUGAGUUCAUUAGGUCGCUAUGGAAAUACUGCUUUCUUAUGGACCCUAUAUGGCAGUGGGGAACUUCCACAGUGCUUUUGCAGAAUGUGUGCAGUCUUUGGAGGUAUUUAUGUACUCAGGACUCACAUCAGGAGUAUGGUUACAGAUUCUGAAAAUAAUAUCAGAGGCAUUAUUGAUUCAGAGGGGAAAAUUCUGAAGUGUAGAAAUCUUAUUCUGGAAUACAGCUAUACCAUUGGAAAAUCAAACCCAUAUAAUGCCAGUUAUCUAUCGAGAGGAAUACUAAUAACAGACAAAUCAAUCAAGGAAUCAACAACUCAACAAAUCACAUUUCUCACUGUACCACCGUGUGAUGAGAAAGAUCAACCUGUUCAUGUGAUUGAAGUAGGGUAUGCAGCAUGUGCCUCUCCACCUAAUCUUUAUAUUGUGCACCUGACUGCUAAAGCCAACAAUAAUGAUGUAUCAGCAAAGGAUGACUUGCACCAUACAGUACAAACAUUCUUUCAGUUUGCGUCAAAAGAAUCUGGACCUUCAGUAGAUAAUGCUAAACCAAAGAUCCUUUGGUCAGUGUUUUUCACUCAAGAAGACGUGACUGGAGUUGAAGAUGAAGUUCUUAGAGCUACAAUGCCUGGUAAUGUGUAUGUUACAGCAGGAGCUGGAGGAUCAAUUGGAUUUGAUCAUGCUGUAUCACAGGCAAAGAAGAUCUUUGAUAAGUUGUGUCCUGGAGAAGAAUUUCUUCCAGCUGCUCCCGAUCCAGAUGAUCUUGUAUUUGAAGACCCUAACAAUGAGCAUACAUCUCAGGCUGGUUUUGAGGUAAACAGUGCAACUGUUAAUGAUGAGACUCUGGGGUCAAGAAAGGAGGAGACAAGAACUUCAGAAGAGAACAAAAUUGGAACAUCAGAAGAGAAUGAAAUGGGAGCUUCAAAAGAGAACGAAAUGGGAACAUCAGAAGAAAACAAGAGGGGAACGUCAGAAGAAAACGAGAUGGGAAUGUCGGAAGAGAACAAGAGGGGAAUGUCAGAAGAAAACGAGAUGGGAACGUCAGAAGAGGAGGUUACAGCGUCGUCAGUAGAGACAAAUAUAUCAGAAGAUGAGAAGAUGAGAACAUCAGAAGAGCAGACUGUGAUAUCAGAAGAGAGAAAAUGGCAGGAAAAAUAACAUUUGAAGUUCACAUUCUUGCUCUACUGGGUUUAUAGAAGUUCCCUCUCCCCUAUUUUGGCAGUUGAACAUAUGUUCAGGGGAAGUGGGCACAUACCUAUGAACAGACAACAUCAGAAUUGAGUAUCUUAAUUUAUUUAAAUCUAAUUCAUUAAGUGAAAUAUAAAAUCUUCAAUUUUUCUGUUUAUAUUAUCUUUGUAUGAUUCUGAUUGAGAGCUUUAUUUAAAGAAUUAGAGCAAAAAUUAGGAUUUCACAUAUUAAUAAUGCAUGAAUAAGCAUAAUCAACUUAGAGCAAUUACGUGAAAAAAAAUAUACAUUGACAAUUUUCUCAGUUUGAGGCGGGAGGACCUGCUGCCUGUCUGAUCUCCCAAAUGUAGUUAGGGGCUAACUGUUAUAAUUGAUUUAAUAAUGAAGAAGCAAUUAAUUGAAUCAUAAGAAAUAACAUGCAUUACAUGUUUCAUGAUAUGUAGUAAUUGAAUCAUUUACAUGUAUGUUGCAUAUGAGCAAAUGAAAAAAAAAAAACAUUUUAAGAAUGUUGCAGAUAGUAUAUGUUGUUCAUACUUGUAUCACUGUUUACAAGUACCAUGAUUCAUAGUUUUUUAAGCAAUUUGCUAUUCUUUAGUUUUUAGCUCAUCCGGCCCAAAGGGCAAGAUGAGCUUAUGCCGUGGCGUCCGUCCACAAUGUCAAAUGCUACUACU